AUGAAAGCCAGAUGGGUGUGUUUGGCCGAAUCACCAGGAGUCGGGUGGAAAAAGUUCCAGUUUAAUUCCACGGAGAAACACAUCGCUGUCUACCACGAAGAGGGCUCUUCUUCCGUGUUCGUCGGAGCGGAAAACAAACUUUACUAUUACAAUUUUGAGGACUCCACCAGCCACGUGGAGCGUUUUGAUGUAGAUAGAUCCAGGUCCAUGUGUGGACGUUCAGAAGAAGCUGUCAAUUAUCUCACGUUCAUCGGGAAGUACCAGGGCAAAGUGCUGGUUUGUGGCACCAACGCCUGCAAGCCAACCUGCUGGAACUGGGUCGACGGGCAGAAAGGGCCAGGAAUCAGUGCCCAGAGCUUAGCACCUUUUGGCCUUGAAAAAAAUUCCCUUGUCCUCAUCGAUGGCAAUGACAUCUAUUCGACUGUCCGGAAAUACCAAUACAAUGGACGGAUCCCUCGUUUUCGGCGGGUGCGUGGAGCCACAGAACUUUACACCAGUGACACAGUCAUGAAGAAUCCACAAUUUGUGAAGAUUGCGCCAAUCCGACAAGAAGAGGCCUACAAUGAUAAGAUCUACUUCUUCUUCCGAGAGGACAGUCCUGACUGGCCAAUUAAUCCUUUGGCUCCAAGGAAGAUCUCCAGGGUGGCUCAAGUGUGCAAGGGUGACAAAGGGGGCAAUGGCUCCUUUUCAGCAGCCAAGUGGACGACUCUCCUGAAGCUCAUGUUGGUCUGUGUGGACUCAGCCACUAACCGAAACUUUGACUGGCUUCAAGACAUCUUUAUCGUUGAGUCGGACCAGUGGUUUCAGACAAAGAUCUAUGGGCUUUUCCUAAAUGAAUGGGGUUAUUCCGCCGUCUGUGUCUACUCUGUUAGUGACAUCAGCGAACGCUUCAGAAUGUCUCCCCUGAAAAACUACACUGGGAAACCCCCUGCUGUGAAGCCAGGACAGUGUCUAGAAGAAAAAACUCCACCUGAGACUUUCAAAGUGAUCGACAGCUAUCCAGAGGUGGCUGACCAAAUGAAUGGAAAAACCAUCUUCUACAGCAAACAUCACUACCAGCACCUUGGAGUCCACCAGGUUCGGGCGGCAGACGACAAGAACUACGAUGUUCUGUACUUAGCCACAGACAAAGGAAGCAUCCAUAAGGUGGUUGUCUUACCAGACGGAGCCAUGAAUAUCCUGGAAAUCCAGCCUUUCCAAUCCCAGGCAGCCAUUCUCGCUAUGAUUUUAGACAAAUCAAGGAAUGAAUUAAUUGUGGCUUCAGCAAACGAGGUGGUGCAGCUCCCCAUGGCCUCUUGUGGGGCAUAUAAGAACAACUGUGGGAGUUGUGUGCUGUCCAGAGACCCCUACUGUGGAUGGGUCAAUGAGAAAUGCACUUCUAUUAAUGAGCAUGAAAAUGGAACCUUAUUGCAGUUUCUACAACAUGAUGUUCCUCGAAACAUUUGUCUAAGCAACUUGGCCUCUGAAGGAGAUGGCAGCAGUUCCGACCCAAAGAAUGUGACCUUACACUCCCGCUAUUUCCUGAAUUGCUUUCAAGAAUCUCAUUAUGCCAAUUACACCUGGCUUCACAAUGACCAGCCAGUUGCCCAUUGCAGCUCUGGGCACCGUCACUGCCUUCAUUUCAUUGACAACAUGACCGCUGAGCUCUAUGGCAAGUAUUCCUGCGUAUCAAAAGAAGAUUGGUUCCAUCAGACCGUCAUAACUGAAUACCUGGAGAAUCCCUCUCAGGACAGCGGGUACAAGUAUGCAAAAUCAGUGGGACUUGGCUCCAUGCCGUCUUUAUCAUUCUGGCUGGGGUUACUGCACAUAAUAGCCAUAGUCUUCAUCGUCCAGUAAAGCCUGAUCUUCUGUGGACUUUCACAACAUUCCCCUACUAGGCCGGAUGUUCAGGAGCAUCUCUGCUGAAGACAUCUGACAGUUCAGAUGGUUGUAGAGAUGAAACUUCUCCUUGAUCUUCUUGACAUCUGGAUGGAAGCAAACGAAGAAGAAGAAGAAGGGACUUGGGAGAAGGAAAAAUGACUGAUCUGAUACCCUCAGUUUCACCUGUUGAGAUUGGGUGGUUCUACAAAUUGGACAAAUAACAUCAUAAAUAAAUAUUUCAGGAAGGACAUGGAAUGUCUUAAUGGGAAAACCUUGUGUGGUGGCCUUGAGACCUGACUAAUCCAACCUCGAAAAAGAAAGAUGAGUUUUGCCUAAAAGCAGAUUAGCACUUACAAGGUCUAUUUUUUACAAGAUCUCUGCCAGUGGCUUUUCAAGUUAACUCCUUCCCGUCUGUUCAUUUGUAGAAAGGGCUUGGCUCCAUGUUUGUUCAGGAGUCCAGCUUGAGACAAAGGCAUUUUCGAUUCUCUACCAACCCCACUGGUGUUACUGCUGCUUAUUGAAGAAGAAUAGCGAGUGCCAGUGUCUAGAUCUAUCGGUCGUAAACUUUCAAACAAAAGCCCUUAUUAUAUUUCAGAAUAGUUGCAGUAUAUUUAUUUAUUAUAUUUUCUCUUUGUAAAAGAGAAAGCUCCCAACUCUUUCUAUGUAAAUAUUUGUUCUACAUUGUUUGCUUCCUGUUUUUUUAAACAAUUUGUUAGUUUUUUAUUAAAAAAAACCCCACCCAAUUGUUUUAUUUGGAAGACGUUUAAUGUUCCUUGGUCAAUGAAGGUUCUCACUUACCUACAGAUAGACUAGGGGGGCUAAUGGGCCUGCAAAUGCCCCAUUUCAGGAUGGUGGGUUAGAAAAGAAGCAAUGGUCGAACACCUGAGGUUUGGGAGCUCUGGUUCCUGGAAGAAAAGAUCUUAAAGAGGAGUAGAGAUUUUUUUUUCCUGUGUAAACCUUUACAAUGAAGUCCUCCAAUCUGGUGCAAAAUUGCUCGCCUUAAUGUUGGACUAAGAUUGAUCCUUAAGCCACUUCCCAAGGCUCACUUGCAAUCCAAUCUUUGUUAUGGGGCCAUUGCUUGGAGAAUCAACUGU